GGUUUUACCGCUUUUAACCCGGCCGGCGGCGCGGGCGCUCCAUUCCGCCGCUCGCUGCCGCCCGCGCCGGCCACUUGCUACUAAUUAUAAUUAACAGAGUAAAUAGAUCACGAUGUACAAGUCCUUCAUUCUACUGUGUGUUGUUUACUGUGUUGUCAUAGAGGCCCGUCCAAAAUGGCAGUUCCUCCCUCCAGUGCCCGGCUACGUGCCCGUGUACAUCCGCACCGGCGACACUCCUCUCGAAGAAAUCAACCCCGAGCUCGCCGAGGCCUUCCACGCGCUGCCCGCCGGCCGGAGCGCCGGCAAGGAACUCGAGGCUUCCCCGGAAAUGCCGGAACUUGCCGACCAGCCAGAAAUUCCGGAGCAGCCCGAGAAACCUAGUAAAAUUGAAAACGACUCCCCCAUCGACCAUCGCCCUUACGAGAAGAAGAAGUCGAAAAAAGCCAGCUCUGAGAUCGCGAAACCGAUUGAGCGUAGAUAAGCUGUUUUAGAGUUAAGUAGUUUGUAAUAACCGUGACUGAUAUGAGUAUUUGUUUUAUAAAAGUAAGAAAUUUAAUAAUACGUGCAUUUAGGUGUAGCAUUGAGUUUUUUUAUGAAAGCCCAAGUUCGAGCGAAAUGUACCUAAUUGAGCUACGAAGGAAACGACAAAAAUAUUGUUGAUUGGAUUAUCAAUUUACUUACCUAAUUUUGGCCAGAUUGAAAUGACUCUUUUAUAAAACAAAUACAUAUGACUCGUGAGCGCACACACUUGGACCCCGGUUCGAUACAGCGGUGCUGGGACCGCAAAACAUAAAUACUCGAGAUCUUUGCAGUGUUAAUAGAAAAAGCCGUAUAUCAUUAAUAUUUACUUUGUAGAGAUACGACUUUUUGGCUUAAAACAGGAGAUCUGUUAAACCCCAGAGUGAAGUUAGAUACGUAAGUUUUUCCUUUAUUUAUUUCCUAAGACGUACUUAAGCGAGGAAUUUUUCGAUCAAAAAUAACCGACGGCUUGCCGAUAUUUUAUGUAAGUUAUUUUAUGUUAUUUUUAAUUUUGAGGAAAUAAAGUUAUUUAUUUCAA